GUGGCUGGCCGCAAGGGAUUCCCUCAUGUGAUUUACGCCCGGCUCUGGAGGUGGCCUGAUCUUCAUAAAAAUGAACUCAAGCAUGUUAAAUACUGUCAGUAUGCUUUUGACUUAAAAUGUGACAGUGUCUGUGUAAACCCUUACCAUUAUGAGCGCGUCGUGUCGCCUGGCAUUGAUCUCUCGGGACUGACGCUGCAGAGCUCAGCUCCCUCCAGCAUGCUGGUGAAGGACGAGUACGUGCACGACUACGAGGGGCAGCCGUCGCUGUCGUCGGCCGAGGGCCACUCGGUGCAGACCAUCCAGCACCCGCCCAGCAACAGGGCCUCCUCGGAGCCCUUCAGCGCCCCGGCCAUGCUGGCCCCCGCCGAGGCCAGCACCACCAGCACCACCAACUUCCCCAACAUUCCCGUGGCCUCCACAAGUAGCCAUAGUGAUGGACUCUUACAGAUUGCUUCAGGGCCCCAGCCAGGAGCUCAGCAGAAUGGGUUCACAGCCCAGCCAGCCACUUACCACCACAACAGUACCACCAGCUGGACGGGGAGCCGGACGGCCGCCUACACGCCCAGCAUCCCGCACCACCAGAACGGCCACCUGCAGCACCACCCGCCCAUGCACCCCGGACACUACUGGCCAGUUCACAAUGAACUCGCAUUCCAGCCUCCUAUAUCAAACCAUCCUGCUCCAGAGUACUGGUGUUCCAUCGCCUACUUUGAGAUGGACGUGCAGGUCGGGGAGACGUUCAAGGUGCCCUCGAGCUGCCCCAUUGUCACCGUGGAUGGGUACGUGGAUCCCUCCGGAGGGGACCGCUUCUGCCUGGGCCAGCUGUCCAACGUGCACAGAACAGAAGCCAUCGAGAGAGCAAGGUACCCGGGUCCCUCUGGAGUUUGGCAGUGCUCAGUGUGUGUCCCCUUGGGAAGUGUGCAUGGGUCUGUCUGAAUUACCCUGGCUGUG